UGGGUUGCGGUCUCGUCCAGUCGCGCGAGAGUUGCUCGAAAGAAACAUGUCGACCCUCAAGCGAAAACGUGGAGGACGGUUACCCGGUGGAAAAAAAGCAAAGAAAGUAAAAACUCUCGCAGAUGUAGGCGAACCUGCCACUGACAACGAACAGGAGAAGAAAGAUGAAUUCACCAUUCCACCGCCAGUUUCUAUGGGCAAAUGGACCAACAAGGAAAGGGUUCUCAUAUUCUCCUCGAGAGGCACUGACUUCAGAACGAGACAUUUGAUGCAAGACCUGAGGAACAUAAUGCCACAUUCGAAAUCAGAUACCAAAAUGGACAGAAAGGACAAGCUAUUUGUUAUUAACGAGGUGUGCGAGAUGAAAAACUGCAACAAAUGCCUCUUUUUUGAAGCCAAGAAGAAACAGGAUCUGUAUAUGUGGAUAUCAAAUAGCCCUCAUGGACCAUCUGCAAAAUUUCUAGUUCAGAAUAUUCAUACACUGGCUGAGCUCAAGAUGACAGGGAACUGCCUGAAAGGAUCGAGGCCGCUCUUGUCGUUCGAUCCCACAUUUGACAAGCAGCCCCACUAUGCUUUGCUGAAGGAGCUAUUCAUUCAGACGUUUUCCACGCCGCGUUACCACCCAAAGAGUCAACCCUUUGUGGACCAUGUCUUUACCUUCACGGUUGUAGACAACAGGAUUUGGUUCAGGAACUACCAAAUCAUCGAGGAGGAUGCAGCGCUUGUGGAAAUUGGACCUCGCUUCGUCCUCAACCUCAUCAAGAUGUUCCAAGGGAGCUUUGGGGGGCCCACCCUCUAUGAAAAUGCACACUUCAAGUCUCCCAAUAUGCACCGGCGUGAGCUGCGUCAGGCGGCAGCGGCCCGUGUGCGUGAGAGGCAGAUGGUGAAGGAGUUACAGAGGGUGAAGAAAGCCCAACUCAAGCCGGAGAUUUCCAGCGAUGUAACGGAGGGAGUCUUCGAUACACCGGCGCCGGAGAAACCCGUGACCAUCGAAACGGAGCCACCAGAGCCGAAAGAGAAGAAGAAGAAGAAGAAAGGCAAAUUGUUCAAAAGGAACAGGAUGCAGAUGGGGCGCAGGUAACGAGAUGGACUGAUUGAUGAAAAGGAAGUAGGAAAUACAUGUAUUCAUUGAAAUUGUGUUUGUUUUUUUUUUUUUUUUUUUUUUUGUGAAUGCACCAUAUUAAAGUUGCCGCCUGUCAAGUUUGGAACAGUGACAUCGACAAAAAUGGCAUCUCUUUGUUGCAUUUAUAAACAUUUUCAUACAAAAAGUUAACUGUGAUGUCUGACAAACAUUGGGGAUGAUUUCUGCUUGGGGGGUGAGUGUUUUGACUCAACACAGUUGGCUUUUGUACUUCUAUUCGACUUUAGUUAUGGCUAGUGAUGGGUGGGUGAAGCUUCAUGAGGCAUUGAGGCUUUCCCCCAAAUUGUGGCGAAACAGAUUUAGAGCUUUGGUGCGUCAGUGAAUGCAACACGAGCGACAUCUUGUGGAAGAAGGGAUUUAAAGCAACUUGUGUCAUGAAAGAGGGAAACAGUCAAUUACUCUACGCUUCAAACGUCAGAGGUCAUGUGAUAUUUGCAGACCGACACAAGCUCCAAAGCAAUAUUUUGAAGCAGUAUGAUUCAAUUCUGAAACAAGCUUCGAGAUAGUGGUUGCAUUUGACCAUCACUCAAACCAAUGAGCCAACUUGCACUGAGCAGCCAGGAUUUAGUUUCAUGUGCCGAUGAGGUUACUAGGCUACAAUUAAAUGAUACAACGGUUA